UCCAAACGUAGACAUAAAAGCGAAAGCAAGUGCCGAUAAAGACAAAGAUGGAAAAUCUGGCUUUAACCUUCCUAAAUUUCACAUGCCCAAAUUUGGUUUUGGUGGCAGUGGAAAGUCCAAAGGAAAAUCAAGCAAAAAAGGAAAAAAGAAAGGUUUUGAAAUGGAAGGAGACGUUAAAUUGCCUUCUGGUGAAGUAGAAGGUGAUAUUCCCAAAGUUAGCAUUGACACUGAUCUUCAAAAUGAGCCACCUUCUCUGAGUUACAGUGGCAGUGAUACUUCGGACGGGCAUGGAGGAAGGAUCAAGAGGAAACUGAAACUACCAUCGGGUGACAUAAACAUUUCUGGAGGUUUGAAAGGACCAAAAGGGGAUGCAGAGAGCAGUGACAGUGAUACGUCUGACGGCAAAGGUGGAAGGAUAAAACGUAAGUUGAAACUUCCUUCAGGUGGUAUUGGCAUUCCUGGCGGAAUUAAAGGAGAUGGUGACAGUAGUGGUAGUGAAACAUCGGAUGGAAAAGGCGGAAGAAUAAAACGAAAGUUGAAAUUGCCUUCUGGUGGUGUUAGUAUUUCCGGUGGAAUCAAAGGCGAUGGUGAUGUCAGUGGUAGUGAUACUUCUGACGGUAAAGGCGGCAGAAUAAAGCGAAAAUUGAAACUGCCUUCUGGUGGUAUUGGUAUUUCCGGAGGUUUAAAAGGAUCUAAAGGUGACAGUGAUAGCAGUGGUAGGGAUGCAGAGAGCAGUGACAGUGAUACGUCUGACGGCAAAGGUGGAAGGAUAAAACGUAAGUUGAAACUUCCUUCAGGUGGUAUUGGCAUUUCUGGCGGAAUUAAAGGAGAUGGUGACAGUAGUGGUAGUGAAACAUCCGAUGGAAAAGGCGGAAGAAUAAAACGAAAGUUGAAAUUGCCUUCUGGUGGUGUUAGUAUUUCCGGUGGAAUCAAAGGCGAUGGUGAUGUCAGUGGUAGUGAUACUUCUGACGGUAAAGGCGGCAGAAUAAAGCGAAAAUUGAAACUGCCUUCUGGUGGUAUUGGUAUUUCCGGAGGUUUAAAAGGAUCUAAAGGUGACAGUGAUAGCAGUGGUAGUGAAACAUCUGAUGGUAAAGGUGGAAGAAUAAAACGAAAAUUGAAACUACCUUCUGGUGGCAUUGGUAUUUCUGGAGAUUUAAAAGGAUCGAAAGGUGACAGUGAUAGCAGUGGUAGUGAGACAUCUGAUGGUAAAGGUGGAAGAAUAAAACGAAAGUUAAAACUGCCUUCUGGUGGCAUUGGAAUUUCCGGAGGUUUAAAAGGAUCUAAAGGUGACAAUGAUAGCAGUGGUAGUGAGACAUCUGAUGGUAACGGUGGAAGAAUAAAAAGAAAACUAAAAUCUCCAAACGUAGACAUAAAAGCCAAAGCAAGUGCCGAUAAAGACAAAGAUGGAAAAUCUGGCUUUAACCUUCCUAAAUUUCACAUGCCCAAAUUUGGUUUUGGUGGCAGUGGAAAGUCCAAAGGAAAAUCAAGCAAAAAAGGAAAAAAGAAAGGUUUUGAAAUGGAAGGAGACGUUAAAUUGCCUUCUGGUGAAGUAGAAGGUGAUAUUCCCAAAGUUAGCAUUGACACUGAUCUUCAAAAUGAACCAUCUUCUCUGAGUUACAGUGGCAGUGAUACUUCUGACGGGCACGGAGGAAGGAUCAAGAGGAAGCUGAAAGCACCAUUGGGUGACAUAAACAUUUCUGGAGGUUUGAAAGGACCAAAAGGAGAUGCAGAUAGCAGUGACAGUGAUACGUCUGACGGCAAAGGUGGAAGGAUAAAACGUAAGGUGAAAAUGCGAAGUUCUACUGAAGAUGCAAAGUAUUCCAGCAGUAUUAGUCCCAAAAGAAUGAAAUUUAAAUUGCCUAAAUUUGGAUUUGGUGGUAGCAAGAAGGAGAAGAAUGCAGAGAUUGUGAAAGAAGUGGAUUCAUCAUCGUCUGAAGAUCAGCUAGUUUUGGAUAAAUUUGAGAUACCGAAUUUUGAUAUUGAUGUGAAAACCGUUUCUUCUGAUGCUAGCAAAGAAUUCAAGAUCGAUUUGGAACAGAAGCCAGCACCAGUUGUAAUUUCAGCUUCACAAGAAAAGCCCGUUUUUACUGGUCCUACCCGACAAUCAUCUGCAUCAGGAGAUUUAAUUUCAUCCACAGAUAUUUCUAUGAACGCUGACAUCCCUGGUGAGUCUGUUUCGCCCUAUGGUUCGACAAUAGUUUGUGAUGAAAAAUUUACUCGAACAUCUCGCGUGUUACCAGAUUUACAGUACGAUGUCGAUUAUGGUGAUAUUGACUUUGGUGAUGUCGAUUCAGACUUUCAACUUCCAUUGUCUCAAAUUGAAAGCAAUAUCAGUGUGUCGUCCGAAGGUGGAGGCUUAUAUUCAGCUCCUGGUGGAAUUGAUGCUGACUUUGACAAAAACGACGACGGCGAGCAAGAACGAAAAAUACAUCAAAAACCUAGUGGUCCAUUAGUUUUUGAAGAUAUUACACGUUCCUCUCGCGAUAAACCAGAUAUCAGCCAUGAGGUUGACUUUAGUACGAUUGAUUUUGAUUUUGAUGUUCCAUCGAUUCAAGUGAAACAAAACUCGGGUGUUUCUCCUGCACUUCCAAAGGAAAAAGGAAAAAUUGAGGUAAACUCAGGUCCUAAAUCUUCCUUUCUUUCCAAUAUGAACACAUCUACGACAAGCUAUAGCACCACCAGCGUAACAAAAUCAGUCACGUUGAAAACUACCAUUGAGAGCAAAGUGGAAUCCGGUGCUGAUGUUAAUGAUCUCGAUACGCAGAUUAACGCUAUGGAACCUGGAGAUAUUACGGAGUUGAUAAGAUCAUCGUCUCGUAGCGGACGUUUGAGUCUGGAAACCAAGGGAGUCGGGAAUAGCCGUAGACCUGUGUCCAUGGACGUAUCGAAGAGUGGAGCAAGAACUUUGCUAAGUAUUGCCAAUUCUCAGCGCUCUCUUUCUAGUGAGAAUAUAAAAGAAGAAACGACACGUCGUCCAAAAUCUGUGACUGUGAUACUUAAAGAAGAUGAUGGUAAAAUGACAGCAUCAGUAAGCACACCAAAAUCUCCAUCAAUGCGUGUUUACACAAAACAAGGAAAUCCUGAUGUCGGUCUUCAAGGUCUGAAAGAAAUCGCCGUGGAGGAACAGCAUGGAGGAUUGGACCGAGUAUCUGUUCAGAAACAAGUGAGUAGCUCAACUACCUCGUCUUCAAGAACCACUGUGACGACACAAACGUACAUUCGUCAAGGACCAAGCUCACCAUCAUCUUACCCUGAACUUCUUGACAAGGAAAUCAGACAAGUAAAAGCGUCCUCCGAGAAGGGAAGUGAUACUUUAGAAGAAAGACGUCGUUGGUCGAUGGAAAAGCGGUCGCAGUGGAUGUUAUCGAGUCCAAAGUCGGAUUCUGACGGAGGAGAAGAGAAACGGUUGACGCUGCGCGAUCGCAAAAAACUACAACAAGUUGAUGACGAAAACAAAAACCAACCAAUCAAACGCUGACAUCACUAACUCUCAUUUAAUGAAACACAAAUUUCGGUACUAACAUUUUUUUGGCUAAACUAGGUAUAUUAGUUAUGAUAUAUUUUCAUAUCGAGAAAUCUUCGUAUCAUUAGUCUAGAAACAGGUUUUCAUACGACCAUAGUAAUUGUUAUUUUGUAAAAAUAUUUGAAACACGAGCCUUUCGAUAUUUAACUAUGUAACGAGUUCGUGUUAACGUAUUAGUUUUAAACUAUUGUACGUUUUCUAAGAUCCUUCUGUUCUAAAUUUUAACAUGUUUGAAAAUGUGGAACUCGGAAAAGUACACUCAGUUUGAAUACAAAUGCGUUCAAAAUGACGUUUUUUUCUAGAAAAUAUUUAGUGGAAUUUUAUGCAUGUGAAUUUUCAGGACUUGCAAACAAAAACGGUAAAUAUUGUUCGUAGACUUUUAUUUCUUUUUUCCCUUAAUACUUUAACAAGCAAAUACUUUGAAUAAAAUCAUAUUUAGUCGUAAA